UUAGUUACUAGAAGUUGGCCGGCCUUAUAGGACCUGUGGCGUGGGCCCUUGAUUACCGAGCACGUUGGAAGUGAGUAGCUGCCAUCUUUCAGGCUGAGAGGAACGGUUGGACCCGAGUGUUUCCAAGUUGUUUUCUCCCUUUUUUUUUUGGAGGGGGGCGUUAUGGGAGGGCAACGGUGAAGAGAUGUCUAGAAGUAUAUUGCAGUGGAAAGAGCCGGACAGCGUUAUCGAGAAUACCUGGGUUCCAGUCCCAGCCCUCUGCAUGACCGUGAGCACAAAAUGGAUGGAGAAUCUUGCAGAUUUCAAAUGAAUACUCCAGAUUUUGUGAAGAAAAAACAAAGAGAAAGCUCUUCAACUGAGGAGAGGAAUAAAGAACUUAACAAGAAAGAACUCAGUGACUCUCUCCUAUUGUUUGAUGACCAUUCUCAGAGGACUACAGGUCACACAGAUCCCCAGGUCCCCAGUUCUACUUUUAUCAGAUCAGAAAUCAACAAUGAUAACGAAAUACUAAAGGAUAUUGCUACAGUGAAAAAAAGGAAAAAGAAAAAUCCAGUAACUUGUGAUAUACAGGAGGAAAUGGGAGUAAUAUGUGUCCUUGUAGAUAAAGAAAAUAUUGAGAGUAUGGAAAGAGAGAAGUUUAGAAAAGAUGUUGAUAUUGUUUAUAUAGAUAGGAAAAAAGGGAAAGAGCUACCAAAAUCAAGUGAAAAAGAACUGCAUUCAAUUUCUGAAGCUGAUAAAAAUGCGUUAGAAGAUCCAGAUCAUAAAGUUAAGGACAAACUCCAUAAAGUCGUUGAUAGGAAAAGAAAAUUCAGUGAUUCACAGAAAGGCUCUCAUGAGAGCUCCUGUACCCAAGAACAAGAAUCCCUCCUUAGUUUAGAAAGAGAUGGUGAGAUUAGGGAACUGUUGGUAUCUACUGAUAAAAUGAAAUUGUCAAAGUCCAAGGACAGAAGGAAAAGUUCAUCUAAUAAAAACCAUAUGAAAUCUGAGGGAUUUUCCGUGCCUGAUGAAAACCUUGUGACCAUGCACACCAAUGGGUCACAGGUGGUCAAUGAAGUUAAUGCAUUAGAGGAUGAUAGGACCCUUCAGGAAGAGAGAGUGAAAUCUGUCAGGAAAAAGAAGAAAAAGGAAACAACCUCACAUGAGAAUGAUCAGCUAUCUGUUCAUGAUUUUUCAAUUCCCAAUGUGAACUCUAUAAAUAUAUCAUCUGACCAGAUGAAAACAGGUAAUAGUGUUAAUGCAAAGAUUCAGGAGGGUAAUAGCACUCUUAGUGAAAACUUUGUGGAAUCAGUCAGAAAAAAGAAAAAGAAGCAAAGUACUUCAUCUAAAAAUGAUCGAGCACUUGCUGGCAAUUUUUUAGUGUCUGAGAAAAGCUCUGUGGAUAUGCCUUCUGACCAAGUGAAAGUAUUUGGUGUAAUUAAUAGCACUGAAACCUUAGAAGGUGUUAGCAUUUUUGGUGAAGGUAAUGCGGAAUCUAUCAGGAAAAAGGGAAAAAAAAGAAAGAUGUCAAAUGAAAAUAGGUUGCCUGUGGAUGAUUUUUCAGGGCCUGAUGUAAACUCUAUGGAUAUUCCAUCUGAGCAAAUGAAAAUAAGUAAUAGUGUUAAUGAUGUCAAGACCACAGAGGGUGAUAACACCCUUAGUGAAAGCAAUGUGGAAUCUGUAAGAAAAAAGAAAAAGAAGCAAAAAACUUCAUCUAAAAAUGAACAAGCAGUUGCUAAUGAUUUUUCAGUGCCUGAGAUGAGUUCUGUGAAUAUGCCUUCUGAACAAUUGAAAGUGGUUGAUUCAGCUAAUUGUAGCAUUGAGACUCAGGAGGAUGAUAGUGCUUUUGUGGAAUCUGUUAGGGAAAAGAAGAGAAAGAGAAAGAUUUCAAAUAAAAGUAAGGAGGCAGUUACUGAUUUUUCAGUGGCUGGAUCUAUAGAUGUGUCAUCUAAUAACCAAAUGAAAAAAACUUGUGUUAGCAUUGAAACUUCAAAGGAUGGUAGUACCUUUAAUGAAAAUAAUGGAGAAUCCUUCAGGAAAAAAAAGAAGAAGCAGAAAACUUCCCCAGAAAAUGAUAAGGCAUUUGCUAGUGACUUUUCGAUACCUGGUCAGAGCUCUGUAGAUAGACUUUCUGACCAUAUGAAAAUGUGCGAUAAGAUUAAUGAUACUGAGAUGCUGGAGAGUGAUAGUACCUUUAUUGAAAACAAUGAGAUAUUUGCCAGAAAAAAGAAAAAGAAACAAAAGACUUCUAAAAAUGAUCAGGCUCCUGCUGUUGAUUUUUUAGUUCCUUGUACAAACUCAAUGGAUAGGCCUUCUGACCAAGACCAAAUAAGAACAGGUGAUAAUGUUAACACGGAUACUAUGGAGGGUGGUAGUAAAAAUAAUGAGGAAUCAUCUGUCAGGAAAAAGAAAAAGAAACAAAAGACUAAAGAUAAAAGUGAGCAAGAACCUACUGGUGACUUUUCAGUACCUGAUCCAAAUUCUGUGAGUAGGCCUUCUGACCAUACAAAAGCUCAUAGUAAGAUUAAUAACACUGAGCCACUAGAGAAUGAGAAGACCCUUAUUGAAAGCAAUGGGGAAUCUGUCCGGAAAAAGAAAAAGAAGCCAAAGUCUUCAACUAAAAAUGAACAGGAACUUGCUGAUGACUCUUCAGUUCCUGGCAUGACCUCUAUGGCUAGGCCCUCUGACCAUAUGAAAAUGGCUAAAAGAGUUAACACUGAGACUGCGGAAAGUGAUACCAGCCUUAAUAAAAGCAGUGGAGAAUCUGUCAGGAAAAAGAAAAAAAAGCAAAAGCCUUUAGCCAAAAAUGAGCAGGUCCUUACUGAUGACUUUUCAGUACCCGGUCCAAAUUCUUUGGAUGGGCCUUCUGACCUUGUGAAGAUAAGUAGUGAUAUUAACAACACUGACAUUUUAGAGGGUGAUAGCACUCUCGAUGAAAGCAAUGUGGAACCUGGAAGGAAAAAGAGAAGAAAGAGAAAAACUUCGGCUACAAAGGAUCAGGAACUUGUGGGUGACUUUUCAGUUCCUGGUACAAGUUCCAUAGGUUCACCUUCUAGCCAGAGGAAAACAGUCCAUUUAGAGAGUGGCAACACUCUUAAUAAAAGACUGAAAGACAUUCAGAGAAAGAAGAAGAAAGAGCCCCACUCAGAAAAAACAAGUGUAGAAACUGAGGAGAGAUUACUAUCUACAAAUGAGGAAAGAAGGCACUCAGAAGCGGAUGACAAUUCAGAUUUGGAAAAUAUGUCUGAGGAUUUGAUAGAUCUGGAUGUUGACUUGGAGACUGCUGUGAAGAAACUCCAAGAGUUUAUUCCUAAUGUGAAGGAAAGGGCAGCCGCCACAAUAAAGCGAAUGUACAGGGAUGACUUAAAACGGUUUCAACGAUUUAAAGAACAAGAUAUCCCUAUUAGAUUUGGCAAGUUUUCUGCAAAGGAAAACGAACAGUUACGGAAAAAUGUGGAAGAUUUUUUAUCAUUGACUGGAAUUGAGACUGCAGAUAAAUUGCUGCAUACAGACAGGUAUCCAGAGGAGAAAUCUGUUAUCACAGACUUAAAAAGAAAGCACCAAUUUAGAUGCCACAUUGGUGAAGGUAUUCCCCGGCCAUGGAAAUUAGUAUAUUAUAGAGCAAAAAAAAUGUUUGAUAUCAACAAUUAUAAAGGCAGAUAUAGUAAAAAAGAUACUCAGAAGUUAAAGAAGUACCAAUCCAUACAUGGAAAUGAUUGGAAAAAGAUUGGUGAGAUGGUGUCCCGCAGUAGCCUCUCUGUUGCACUGAAAUUCUCUCAGAUUAACAAUAAGAUAAAUCAUGGUCCUUGGAGUAAAGCAGAAACUCGAAGACUGAUUAAAGCUGUUGAAGAAGUGAUUCUAAAGAAGUUGUCACCAAAGGAAGUAGAAGACAUAGACUCUCGGCUCCAAGAAGACAGUUCCCCAGAAUCUUUAUCAGUUUUGCGGAAACAACUCUACAAAGGCAUAUCCUGGGUAGAAGUAGAAGCCAAAGUAGAAACAAGAAAUUGGAUGCAGUGUAAAAGUAAGUGGCCCGAAAUUCUAACCAAGCGGAUGACCAAUGGGAAGGUUGUGUACCGUGGGACAAAUGCUCUACGUGCCAAAAUCAAUCUUAUUGAAAGGCUAUAUCAAACAAAUGUACAAGAAGCUAAUGAAAUUAAUUGGGAACAUCUUGCUGGUGCAAUUGGAGAUGUUCCUCCAUCCUAUGUUCAAUCUAAAUUUUAUAAACUAAAAGCUACCUGUGUCCCUCUUUGGCAGAAGAAGACAUUCCCAGAAAUUAUAGACUACCUCUAUGAGACUAGCCGCCCAUUACUGGAACAAAGGUUACAGAGGAAACUGAAGAAAGAAGGCACAACUGUCCAGGAACCUGAGGUGCCAAAACAAUCAUUUCGAUUCAAAGAUAUCUUUUUUUGUGAAAGUGACAGUGAAGAAGAAGAUAGAGAGGAAAGCAGAUAAGCUGGAGUCAAACACAAGUUCCUUUUUUAUGUUUUUAAUUUAUUGCAUUGCUCAUUUUUUUUCUAAAUCAUUUUCAUAAUUCUCAUCCUGCCAAGGCAUGAAUAAUGGCCAGGAAAGGAUUGAGAUUUUUUUGUUUGUUUAAUUCUGCCUUAACAUCAUUAAGAUAUCUGAGGUAGAAGAGACAGACACUUAAAGUGUCUCCUAGCCCUCUCAUUUUAAAAACUGAAACCCCUCAAGGUGAAGUGGCAUCCCUGAGGCAAUGUAAUGAGUUUAGAAGAAAAAGAACAUUUACUACCUAUGUAACCAGGCUCACUUUCUUUAUGUGUCAAAUGAGUUUAAGAAUACUUGUACUCUCUACCUCCCAUUGUUGUUGUGGAGAAAGUAUUUUGUAAAAUGUUAAUUGCUACAUAAAAUGAUUUUUUAU